AAGGAACAAGUUAGCCCUGAAAAUGGAAGUAACACAUUCAACUGUGAUCAGCAGUUGAGUGAAAAGAAAAUGGUGAGUUAAGAAAAAAUGUGUGGUUGUCCGUUUCCUGCUCUUGUGUGCCUGUAGCACAUCAGAGCAGACUGUGAAGAGAACCUCCCUCAGCCUGUUGUUGAACCAGGGUCUAAUACAGCACAGCCUGCUGUGUGAGCAGCUUCGUCACACCUAACACAACUCCUCAGAGAUCGCUAUGAGUCGGGGCUCCAAGGCCAAGCUUCAGCAGGGGAGCAGACACAGCACUCUGCUCAGCCCUUUGGAGAAUGAAAGGUUGGAAGUCUUCAUGGGAAGAAGGUGUUCUUCUCUGGCCACUGCUGUGGUCCAGCUGUUCAUGGCCCUGCCACACAGUCCAACCUUCUGGAGUCUGCAGCACACAGGAGUGGCCUGCUUCAUCAAGGACAACCCCCAACGCUCCUACUUCAUACGUCUAUUUGAUGUGAAGGCAGGUAAACUGAUAUGGGAGCAGGAGGUCUAUGCCCAAAUGUCUUACUUCUGCCCUCAACCUUUCUUCCACUCUUUUGCUGGAGAUAAUUGUCAAGUCGGGCUGAACUUUGCAAAUGUCCAAGAAGCUGAAAACUUUCAAAAUGCAGUGCAAGAAAAGAUCUGCCAAAGAGACCGUCAAGCUUCAGAAAAGAAACAACGGCCCCUAGCUUCAAAUGACAGGGGAUACCUACCUCCACUGCCACCUGGCAAAGGGCCUGUGAGUACCUGCAUUGCCACCAUUGACAUCCAGAACCCAGACAUUCAGGCCUCGCGCUACCGCACGGUGGCUUCCCCUCCAUCUGUCUUCAGCUUAGGCAAAAGCAAAAAGGAAAAGAAAAGCAAGAAAAAGGGCAGCAAGUUUUCCAAAGCUGAUAUUGGAGCGCCCAGUGGGUUCACACAUGUGAGUCAUGUGGGCUGGGACCCCAACAACCUGGACCCUGACCUGAAGAAGCUGCUGUCCACGGCAGGCAUCAGUGAGGAGGAGCUGAAGGAUGAGGAGACAUCCCAACUCAUCCAGAACGUCAUCGAGCAGUCAGGAGGCAUGGAGGCAGUCAAGAAGGCCAUGAACAAAGAUCGUCCUCCCCCGCCCUCUGGUAGGCAGGGUCCUCUCCCUCCAGUGCCUGGAGUCUCUUCGUACGCCCCACCCCCUGCUCCUGGCAGUGCCUGUGCUCCGCCUCCCUCACGGAGUCGCUCCGGCCCCCUGCCUCCUCUCCCAGGACAGCCACAGCGUGGAGCGCCUGCUCAGCCCCCUCCCUCACGCACCGUCCUGCCACCACCACCCCCUUCAGCUCGAGCUGGUCUCCCGCCACCUCCACCCUCCGUGUCCUACUCCCACAGCCCUCCUCCACCUCCCCCCGGGACCCAACACUUCAUGGCUGCUCCUGCAGCCUCCACACCCCGCGGAGGAGGACCUGCCCCCCCUCCCCCUCCUCCUCCCCCUCCUCCUCCCCCUCCUCCUCCCCCAGCACACAUUUCAGAAGACUUCCCUCCUCCUCCUCCUCCACCCUGUGGGACUCUCAAACCCCCUCCUCCUCCAUCCAAUGGGGAAGGUGGGGGUGACGGGAGAGGGAAUCUGUUGAGCCAGAUACGCCUGGGAAAGAAGCUAAAAAAUGUAACUGAGAGUCCUGAUCUACCUUCACCUGCUCAGUCUGAGUCUGAUGAGGGCAUCGUUGGAGCUUUGAUGAUGGUCAUGCAAAAAAGAAGCAAAGUCAUCCACUCCUCAGAUGAAGAUGAAGAUGAGGGUGGAUUUGACGAUGACGAGGAUGAUGAAUGGGAUGACUAGUUUCCUCCACAAGCUGUGUCCUGUUGAUUUCACCACCCACUGUCUCGCUGGUUGGUCAGGGUCUACUGUAAUCAUCUCUCCUCUUUCUAAACUGUAUGAAAGGAGGAUCAUUUCAUGACUUAUGGUAAAAUGUUUUCGACUGAAUGUUCAUGAACGAUAGUAAAUAUAUAGAAAAUCUGUUUUUUGUUUGUUAUUUUACUCCAAACGUCUUCACUAAAAUAGAUGGAUAUCAACUGCAAUCUCAAUAAAUGGACAUGUUAGGAAGAAAGGAACUCUUUAUUAGCAGUUUCAACAAUUCCAGUGUAAUGUAGAACAACACAUUGCAGUUUGUGGUGAAGGGUGUCUGGUUACAGGAGUUACUUACACCUACCUGUCAUGCCUUUCCUAUUCAACAGGUCAAUUUUUCCAUUUAUAAAUAUGUAUUUAACAUGUUUGUGUCUAUCACAAUUGUGCUGGACUAUAACUUGUUCAUUUUAACUUGAA